GUAGUUCUUUAUGCCAUUAAUAACCUAAAUAAUGACUUAUAUAAUGAUAUGGAUUUAACUUAUAUGUGCUGGACUAUAGCUCUGAUAUGGCUGUAAUGGAAUAGCCCACAUACGGGAUGAUUGGUACCUGAGUCACAGCUGGGCUUUGGGAGCUCUCUGUGGGUGUGUGAGAGGAACAGAGUUGCAACAGAACUGAAGAGGACAGAAACCUGUUGAAAUAUUGUAGAGUGUAACAUAGCUUUAGCUGAUAACUCUCCUUUUGCAGGGAAUCUGGUUGUUGUUGAUAGUAGAGGGUCGAUCACGUCAUUCUUGGAACAAUAUUGAUGCAAGUCCUGAAACCGUGGGGAACAGCUUGUGACACUGGUUGACAGGAAUAGCAUAAAGUUUAACAUUUACUCCAGUGGUCCGUUCUCAGCACGUCCCUCAGGCACCAGCCGUGUUUAUAUAACUCCAUCCAGACCCAGAGGAACAGAGCUGGAGUUAAUCUAACACAGUAGGAGUUCCUUCAGAACUGGAGAGUUUGGGGUGAAAUCUGGACUAUGUUUUACAGCAUAUAAAAAUAGUGAAUUCAGGAGAAUCAGGACAUUUAUGAGGGUAUUACUUUCAGAGUGGAGAGCUGACGCGUGUCUGUUUGUCUGAAUGGAAGUUGGAAGCUGCUGGAUUAUGGAUUAUAACAGUCUGAGUGCAGCCAGGAGCAAAACGCUCUGAAGUAAAUGUUCAGUCAUUCCCAAAACAUGGCUUCAGCCAGACCAUACUGGGACCAUCACCAUGCUAUGAAUAGCAUGUACUUCUGUUUCGAUGCUGACCCCAUCGAACACAACCUGAAAACACAUCAACAAGGCACGGCCUCCACGGGCUUUGAAACAGAAAAGAUUUUUCCCGGUCACCAGUUUCAUUCUGCAAAACCUGCUGAUCCAACAAAGCUUCUUCUCUCCACACUGCACAGCCCACCAGAGGGAGACCAGGUCGUCCCGUCCUUCCAGAAACUGUCGGUUUAUGAGCAAGCGCCCCCGUAUUCUCCGAGGAGAAUCUCCAAGCCUUUGCCGCCUCUGCCAGACAUAGGGGACCUGUCUUCUGAUGAAGCAGUGGACAGUGAAGUGGAGUUCUUCGCCAGCAACAGCGAGAGCCAGCUACUGGUGUCUGAUCACACCUCUAAACCCUUACCCUUCCGAUAUGGCGUUCCGGGUAGGCGGAGUUUCCGUGGUUGUGGCCAGAUUAACUAUGCUUAUCACGAUGGUCUGCUGCAGCAGGAGAAAGUCAGCAGCCACAAGCCUGAACAGGUGGUCAUCCACCGAGACCGGGACAAUUUAAAGCAACAGGAAAGGCCCCAGCGGAAGCUGAGGCGGACUAACUCAGGUCCUGCUGGGUCCUUUAAACCUCCCAACCUCCGGUCUGGGGGCUUUCAGCACCCGUCCUACUACAAUACACAGGAGAAACCUGAAGUUCCACCUAGGAUCCCCAUCCCGUCUCGAUCCAGAAAGAACACUAACGAUACACAAGAUACAGAUCAACCUCCUGAAAUCCCACCGAGACAGCCCAUCUUCUACACCAUUCCACGAGCCCCCAGUCCCAAGAGCCUUCCAAUUUACGUCAAUGGAGUGAUGCCCCCAACUCAGAGCUUUGCCCCCAACCCUAAGUAUGUGAGUAAAGCCCAGCAGAGGCAGAACUGCGAGAGCGUGCCAGCCUCUCACAACCCAUGCAUUCUGCCCAUCAUGGAGGAUGGAAAGAAGGCAAGCGCUACCCAUUACUUCCUCCUGCCUAAGCGACCAGGCUACCUGGACAAGUUUGAAAGGUUUUUCAAAGAGUCGGGAUCAGGAACUCUACACAGUUGAUGUUAAAUACAACUUACGAAAAUACAAAUCCUCCAUUUGACUGAUACUGACAGUAUUUAGGUGCUUAGUUUCAUUAAUCCCUUACACAGUGCCACCUCAACACAAACCCAGUGUACUAAAAAAAAGAAAGUGGCAGGUCAGAACUGCUGGACAUUGUGGAGCCAUUUUGUUCUCUUUGUUUGGGAUUUAAUGUCAUUUAAUUUAAAUCAUGUUUUUAUUUUUUUUCCUUAAUUUAGUAUUACUCCAUUCAGAGUGUUCCUCUCUCCAGGACUUAACCUGUAGUCUCAUUUUCUAAUGGUUUACAUUUAACACUGGUUAGUAUAAGCUGGUCUUAUACUGAACUGAAUAUUAUUGUUAUUAUUAUUCCUGAGCUUAAAGUAAUGCAUUUUUAGAAUCAUUUUGUGGACAUCAUUUUCAUGGCCACCAUUGUUUGUAUGUGUUGCUGAUAGAUCUGGUAGGUAUAGUAUUUGCACUCACCAGCUGGUAGAUAUGUAGAUUAUAUAUAUACAUAUAACUUAUUUAUAUACACAUAAUGUCUCUGGGUAGUUGUUUGGUCAUUAAUCAAAUACACAUUGCCUCUUCCACAGUAUCUUCAGUGUUUGUAUGUUUGCUGGCAGAGUGUCUAUAAAAGUCCAAACUGAGCUGUUCUGAUUUUAAUUGAUAUCUCUCUCUAACUCUAAGUAACAGAAUUAUAUGCUGGCCAAAAUAUGCCACAACACAACUCUGUCGUGGAAACUAAAUCUUUCUCACUCAAAUUUUCAAGAGUUUGAUAUAGCAUGUAAACACUGAUAAAGUUUCGCAAUAUACUGUUCCCUCCCAGUUCAUGAACUCAAUAUAAGAUAAACAAGCUGCAGGAACAUUUUAUUUUGAAAUCAUGUUUUUUUUUGUGUGAUAUUAAAGAAAAAAACACUACAUAAAUUACACUAAUAUAGAUACUAUGAGCCUAGACUGCUAUUUUAGAAAGUGUCAAUUGCACCACAAUGGCACAAAUCAAAACAUAGUAUACAAUAAAAAAAAAUUGUUUUAGAAACUCUGGUCAUAAAUGUAAUUUUUCACUUGUUGGCAUAAUACAAAUCUGGUACUUGGUCUUUACAUUAUGUUAAAAAAUUUAAGAUGACUGGACCAAUAGAAAUACUUCAGAAUUACUUUAUAUUGCAUUCAAAUAAGGGUCAGAUUCCCAGACUGAGAUUAAGCCUAGUCUUGGAUUACGCAGUAUUUAUAAAUGAGAUUUCCCGUUAAAGGAAACAUGUAUAUAUAACUCUAUAACUAUGCUUAAUCUCUGUUCAGGAACAUGCCUCUCUAAAGUAUUCAUUUUGAUGAUACAAUGUUUUUAAGUGACUGCAACGAUAUAUAAAAGAAACGAGCCCUUUAAAUGGGCAGUGCAGGCUACUCCCUGCCAGUUCGACCUGAAUGCGAAAAUGUUCCUUAUUACUCUGACACAACCUGUACUUUAACACGUACAUGACAUGUAUUUACCCACCCAUUUACUCACUCUUGGCAACUCACUUGAUCAUUCUCCAAUGAUUAAGCCAGCCAUGUGACACUGCAUAUGUUUACAUAGUGUAUUGGGAUCUGUUUGUCUUUUUUCUGUCUUCGUUGUAACAGAAGCUUAAGUGUGUAUUUAUCUGUACAGUGUUUGUUCACAUAUGAAGGCUCAUGAUCAAUAACUGUUGUUUUUGUUUGUUUUGCUGUGACAAUGCACUGUCUUUGUACAUGUACAGUAUUUACAUAUUUACAGAGUAGUUUCUCACACUAUGACUAUGAUCUAUUUAAAGAAAUAAAGUGACUUAUUUAUCAUUAAA